AUGCGGAUGCUGUCACUGGCUCUUGGGGGGCUUUGUUUGACCCUUUUCUCGGGAGACAGAGCUGAGGGGUCCCGGCAUCUGCCCCGGCAGACCCUGGGGUUCCUUUCUCGCCCCUUGCCCAGCAGCUCGCCGGAAGUGACUCUUCCGCCGUCACUACGCACAACCCCGCAGCUGACUCCCGCCACCCCGUCUGCAGCAGCAGCAGCUGACGCGGCCUCAGCAGCAGCACGCAGCGAGGGCACCCGCUGCUUCGCCUACCCCCUAACCUAUGGCGGGGGCCCCAACGGCGGCGGGGAGGGAGAGGGGCGCGUGGCCCUCAUCACCGGAGCCAGCAGAGGCAUUGGCCUCGCCAUAGCGAAAACCUUCGCGAAAGGAGGAGUAGAGACGAUUAUUUGCGUCGCCAGGGACCAAGCUGCAUGCGAUGCUGCUGCUGCGGAAGUGCGGGCGCUGGGCGCUGCCAGCGAAGGCUACGGGGUGGACGUGGCGGACAGCCGUUCGGUGUCGGACCUGUGUGCGUCUUUGCUGGAGAAGCACAAGAAAAUAGACAUUUUGGUGAACAAUGCGGGCAUUACCCGGGACAACUUGUUCAUUCGAAUGAAGGAUAACGAAUGGACAGAUGUCAUCAACACCAACUUGAACUCCGCCUUUUACUUUUCGCUCCCGCUCAUCAAACAAAUGACGAAAAACAGGUUCGGCCGCAUAAUCAACAUGUCCUCGGUGGUGGGCGUGGGCGGUAACCCGGGGCAGGCGAACUACGCGGCGUCUAAGGCGGGGCUGAUUGGCCUCACCAAGUCGCUUGCGAAAGAAUACGCAAACCGGAAUGUGACGGUCAAUGCCAUUGCCCCUGGCUUCAUCAAGUCCUUGAUGACCGACAAAAUGACGGAGGCCGCCAAGGCCGGCGCCCUGGCAAGCAUUCCCGCGGGCCGCUUCGGGACCCAGCAGGAAGUUGCGGACUUGGCAGCUUUCCUUGCCUCGGAUCAGGCGGGAUACAUAACGGGCAAAGUCAUUCCUAUAGACGGAGGCAUGUUGUUUGGGUCAAACUAA